AUGGUUCGACUGCAUGCUGUGUUCUCCCUUGCUUGUUUCAUACGAGACGAUGGGGACGUCCACUUGGAUCUGUUUGGCGACAGCAACCUCGACAGCGAUCUAAGAAAUCUCUUCUCUCCUUCCAGCAGCCCCAACCUGCCACCGUCCGAUCUCGCUGAGGAUGGAUUCGAGAUCCCUGAGAACCAGAACCCUCUCCCCCAGCCAGCCAUCGCCACCACGACCAAGACUGUACAUGGGAGCAUGGCAGCCAUGAAUUCAGCGUUGAGCGGGAAUGCUGGGGCAGGUCUGGUGGGCAAGGCGGCAGUAGGAGGCCCUGCUGGUGGCGCUGCACUCCAUAGUGCUGCUGCUCGAGCCGUCCCGACGACGGUGACGAACGCCAAGGGGCCGAAGAUGCCAGUGUACACGAAGACACAGGGGCACGCUCCGGCAUCACAGAUGCAGCAAGUGCCUCAGCAACAGAAUCCAAACAUGCUCUCGACCGACUCGAAGGCAGUGACAUCGUAUGACAUAAGAAAGAGGUUCUCGAUGCAGAUGAGCGAUGCAGCGGCGAGCUUGAGGGUGACACUGCCAACGUUUAAGAAGGCCUGUCACCAGCACGGGAUUACGAAAUGGCCUCAAAGACGUUUGAAUGCAAUAGAAACAAGACUGACCAAGAUCCGUGAAGACAUGAAAAAAGUUCCGUUAAGUGCUCAAACACGAUUAAAGGCAGAAGCGGCGACGCUGACAACAGAGAGACAGAACAUCUUCGACGGGAAACUGGACUCCCUCCCCCCCGACGGAUACUCUCUAAUUGACCUAUCUGAUGUAGCGGGGGAAACUCAAGUCCUUCCCCAGAAGGGAAACCAAGCAAGGUCUAUGGAGGGGGUGUCUGUCAAGUCAGAGGACAGCAGAAACUUGUCGUCUGAGCUUGCAGAGCAUGGCGCGGCUGAUAGACCUCCAGCAGCGACGAAACCCGGCACAGCACAGGCACGGGGUCCUGCUCCUCCUGCCAAGAAGCAGGGAGCGGCUGAAGGAUACCGGGGUGAACUUCGGGGGGGAGGGGGAAGAAAUCCGGAUGUGCACCCUCCAUGGCAAGAGUUUGAGGAGAGCGGGUGGGGGGCAGCGGGAGCGAGUGCAGGAGGGCACGGGCAGGGCGGGGCAGAUGAUGUGGGGAUUGUUGCGCCGGAGGAGAUUCUGGAGCAAGCUGAUCGACCUCGGAUACGAAGGCAAGGAGCCUCGCAAGAUGUACAGGCACAGAUAGAGAGGCUAGAGGAAGAAAACAGCUCUCUGCGAGCCAUUUCCAAGUAUCUUAUGCAGGAGAGGAAAGAGCUCGUCAAGAAGGCUGAGAUUGCGUCAAAACGAAACCAAAACCUGAUGAGUCUGAUGAAAGUGAUGAGAUGGAAACUGGGAUGUAACGAGCAGGAUGUUGAGCAUGACGAAAUGGGGCAUGGCCAGCCAGCAGGGUCGUCGAUGCAGGAUGCGAAUAUUUUUUUGGGGGAAGAGAUUGGUGUUGAUGUAGGAGCAGGAGCAGGAGCAGGAGCAGGAGCAGGAGCAGGUGAUCGAGGGUUGACAAAUUUAGAGUUCAAUGCGGAUGGGAUGCUAGCAGAAGAUGGAGGGAUAAGAGAUCAUGUCAAUGGGCCGGACCAUGACGCAAGACUGCAAGGGAGCGACAUCUGGUUUUCUGGGGGGGCUGGAGAUCAUCCGGACGAGUUAUUGUCUGAUCUGAUCUAG